CUGUUUUUUAAAGUUGACAUCCAGUCAGUCAGAGAUCAAUGUGAGUGUGUGAUUGAAACUCUUGGGUUGUCUUGUCCGUGCACACACUCUGAUCUAGAGAACUAGCAUAUAUAAACGGCGCGAUGCGAUCCUAGCAGCCCGCCUCGUCCCUGCGAGGCGCGUGAGGGCCAUCGCGACCUGCAUGGAAAGCUUCACCAAUGAGGGUGCCGACAGGCACGCGGGCGCGCCGGGGCCAGCGCUGCCGCCAGACGCGGCCCACGAAGGAGGGGCUGCGGCUGGAAACGUCCCUGGGGCUGCCUCGGCUGCGGCGACGCACGAAGGAGGGGCAGCGGAUGAUCCUGCCGGCGCGGCGCCGCCCGCCGAGGCCGCGGAUGUAGCACUACCGGGAACGCCAGCGGCAGCCGCGCCCUUGCUGGCAGCUCAAGAGAUUCCGGCCGCCGCGCCGGCGGUGGAGGAAUCGCAGCCGCGGACGAGGCGCCCGCGGCCGGACGACGGGCAGCGCGUCGGCACGUGGCGUACCGCGCGGCGCGACAAUCAAAUGUCGAGGACGCCGUCGACGCGCCGGGGUGCUCUUCAUGUAGUACGCUGCUCGAUUUGCGCGCAGGCACGGAAGAGCGCCAGUACGUGACCGAGGUCAUCCUGAGGUUCGGCGAGGGGCGCCUCCCGAACGUGCCCGACAACACGUCGCUCCGCGUCCUCCUCUCGACGGUCCUGAACUGCAGUCCCAUGCGCAUCACACGGUGUGUAAAUCAAACUUCCGUGCUGACUCAUCGGUGGAUUUGCGCUCAGGCAUCACGAAGAAAUUCUCGGGCAGGAACGCGCUCCCGCGCGGGCGCUACCGCCGCACCGCCGCGCCGGAGCCCGCGGCUGUGUGGAAAUCAAAUUUCGGGCGCCCCACGCCAUCGACGCGACGUGCUUUCCGUAGCUGCGUCUGCGCGAUGGCGUGGAGUUUUCAGGCCAUGGACGCGACGUUGUCGCCCGUGACCGCGUCGGUUCGAUGGCGUGGAGGUUCACGAAGUCCACGCAAUAUUUCUCAGGAUAACCUAACUCACUGGUUGAUUUCCACACAGGCCCGCGGCCCUCGAGCGGCUCCGGACGCUCGAGCGCGCGUUCCACCGGCGCGUCCGGGACGACGGCGCGAAGCUGACGACGAGCCUCUGCGGCACGUACGACCUGCCCACGCCGCAGUCCCUCGUCGACGCCACCACCACGGCGCAGGCGUCCGCCGGUCGCCGCUCGCCGACCGCGAAGCGCUCGCGCUCGCGCUCGCGGACGGCGUCCCCGGACCCUCCGCCGACGCUGAUGGCUCCGGUCCCGUCGUCCUACGGCGCGCCGGCCCUGGCGGGGCCCUACACCGGUCCGGAGCCCGCCUACGCCGGGGCCUGGCCGGCGCCGCCGGCGCCGCCGGAGCCCCAUUCUCUCUCGAUCGCGGUCGCCGGCCUGCUGGACCCUGUGUGGAAAUCAAAUUUACGGCGCGUUCGUCCUGAAUCGCCGCGUCGUCGUUCACGCCAUCGACGCGACGCCUGCUCGAUGGCGUGGCCAUGUCGGUUCCUCACCGCUCGACGGAGCCAGCGCGGCCACGCCAUCGCCGAGAAAUGA